UACCGUACACCAUCAUUACCAACAAUAACAACAACAACGUCUACGGAAUAUUGGUUAAGAAAAUAAUUUAAACAAAUAUCGAAAAGUUAAUAAAUUUAAUUUGCACAGCAGUUGCAAGACCUAUGCGAAACAAUUAGAAUUAAACGAACAAUAAAGCUUGGACGAAUUUGUAACAAUCAACAGUUCAUUAAGUGAACAAUAAAAACAUGUUCAGGCCUAGUCAGUGGCUGCUGACAGCUGUCCUAUUGAUCAUAGCUUUCAGUUCAGCCACUAGUAAUGAUUUGCUUGAUAAUGAGAUAUUCGCACAGGACCAAGAAGUUAGUAAGCGAGUUCUACGUCAAGGCCAUAAAGGCAGCGAACACAGCAAUAUAGAGAAAAUUGAUGUGAAAUGUGAUGCUGGAAGUGGUAUGCUUGUGAGCAUAGACUUUGAAAACAACUUUAACGGCAUUAUAUACAGUCAAGGGUACUAUAAUGAUCCAAAAUGUCGUUAUGUCAAUGUUGGUAAAAAUGAACGUAGUUUUGUUUUUACUGUGCCUUUUGAAGGUUGCGGCAGUAAGCCAUCUUGUACCAUAUGCGCUUCCGUUGAUAACAUUUUAAUAAUACAAGAUGAUGAAAAUGUCCAGGAAGCGUGGGACACUGCCAGAAAAAUUACUUGUAGUCGCAGUGAUGAACAAGAAAAAACGGUUUUCUUCAAGCCAUUCGUUGUUGAAAUGUUGGAAGUUAUUACGGUAGAUACUUCAACAGGACCAGUAGAAUGCUGGAUGGAAAUAGGCUUAGGUGUUCCCCCAAACCUAAAACAAAUCACUUCGACAUUAAAACUCGGUACAGAUAUAACAUUUACAAUAAACGUCAAGCACGAGACUCACAAAUGGGACGUAAAUAUUCUUCAAUGCUAUGCAUUUGACGAUCCUGACUACAAUGCUAGAACAACAAAGAAACUACAACUGUCCGACAAAAAUGGAUGUUCAAUAAAACCAAAACUUUUUGGCGAAUGGAAGAAAAUAGAGAAAUCCGCUUCGGGGUCGGACAUCGUAACAUCUGUUUAUUACAACAGCUUAAAAGCCUUUAAAUUUCCAGAUCGUGCACAGGUGUACUUAAAGUGUGAUAUUGAGUUAUGCAGUGGUACGUGCGAAAAGGGCGUCAGUUGCGAGGACCAAAUCAAUAUAAUUAAACCACCAAAGUGUUUCCCAGGAUCAAGAGAUCCAGCAUGUCUACCCGAAAUUACGACACUUGCACCAAGAUGUUAUCCAGGUUCUCAAAAUCCAUUAUGCAAUGAAAUUUAUAGAACCUCAACCGUGACAGCAACAACCAAAAAAUUCGAUUGUGUUCCCGGGUCUACUGAUCCACGUUGUCAACCAGCCACUUACUUACCACCGACUACAACCAUUAGAACCACAAUCAAGCAAAAAUGCUACCCAGGUUCACCUGAUCCAAGUUGCCCAAAAAUAGUAAUCACAACACAGAAACCACGCUGCUAUCCAGGCUCUACGGAUCCUACGUGUUUUCCAACAACACCCAAAUUAGAAUGUUUUCCUGGUUCAAAUGAUCCUCGCUGUCCACAAACCACACCAUCAUCUACACCAAAACGAUUAUGUUAUCCAGGUUCCCCCGAUCCAUCGUGCCCACAAACAACUACUAAGCAAAGCUGCUACCCAGGAUCAACUGAUCCACAUUGUCCACAAAUACCAACCACAAUACCAACACCAAGAUGUUAUCCUGGAUCAACAGACGCUUCCUGCCCUCAGCCACCCACUUACUUACCACCAACAACAACAUCGAAACCGAAAUGUUACCCUGGCUCCACCGAUCCAUCAUGUCCACAAACUCCAAGGACAACUCCAAAACCAAGAUGUUAUCCAGGAUCUACUGAUCCCUCUUGUCCACAAACGCCGAAAACAACCUCUAAACCAAAAUGUUAUCCAGGUUCAACAGAUCCACGUUGUCCACAAAUACCUACAACAACAGUAGAACCAAAAUGCUAUCCAGGAUCAUCGGAUCCCGAAUGCCUUAAUUGUUUCCCUGGAUCUCCAGAUCCAAGAUGUCCAAAAGUUCCUACAACACCUAAGCGAGGCUGUUAUUCCGGCUCUAGUGAUCCAAACUGCCAACCUGCUACAUAUUUGCCACCAACAACACGAACUCCAAAACCGAGAUGUUAUCCAGGAUCAACUGAUCCAUUAUGUCCACAAGCACAGAAAACAACAGCAAAACCAAGAUGUUAUCCAGGUUCGACAGAUCCUUCCUGUCCACAAACACCGAGAACAACGCCGAAACCCAAGUGUUAUCCAGGUUCAACUGAUCCCUCUUGUCCACAAACAACAACCAAACUAAGCUGUUAUCCAGGUUCUACAGAUCCACGUUGUCCACAAACACCAAGAACUACAUCAAAGCCAAGAUGUUAUCCGGGAUCUCCAGAUCCUUCAUGCCCACAAACAACAACAGCUCCUAGUUGUUAUCCUGGAUCAACAGAUCCUCGUUGUCCACAAACGCCGCCAACAACACAAAAACCAAGAUGUUAUCCAGGUUCAACUGAUCCUUCAUGCCCUCAACCACCAACGUACUUACCACCCACAACUACUUCAAAACCAAGAUGCUAUCCAGGUUCGAGGGAUCCUUCUUGUCCACAAACACCCAGAACAACACCAAAGCCGAGAUGUUAUCCUGGAUCUACAGAUCCAUCUUGCCCACAAACAACUACUAAGCCAACUUGCUUCCCAGGAUCCACAGAUCCUCGUUGUCCACAAACGCCUCGAACAACUCAAAAACCAAGAUGUUAUCCAGGCUCAACUGAUCCUUCUUGCCCUCAACCACCCACGUAUUUACCACCAACAACAACUUCAAAACCAAGAUGUUAUCCAGGCUCUACCGAUCCUUCAUGCCCUCAACCACCAACGUACUUACCACCAACAACAACUUCGAAACCAAGAUGUUAUCCAGGCUCCACCGACCCAUCAUGCCCACAAACUCCAAGGACAACUGCAAAACCAAGAUGUUAUCCAGGAUCUACUGAUCCCUCUUGUCCACAAACGCCGAAAACAACCUCUAAACCAAAAUGUUACCCAGGUUCAACAGAUCCACGUUGUCCACAAAUACCUACAACAACAGUAGAACCAAAAUGCUAUCCAGGAUCAUCGGAUCCCGAAUGCCUUAAUUGUUUCCCUGGAUCUCCAGAUCCAAGAUGUCCAAAAGUUCCUACAACACCUAAGCGAGGCUGUUAUCCCGGCUCCAGUGAUCCAAAUUGCCAACCUGCUACAUAUUUGCCACCAACAACACGAACUCCAAAACCGAGAUGUUAUCCAGGAUCAACUGAUCCAUUAUGUCCACAAGCACAGAAAACAACAGCAAAACCAAGAUGUUAUCCAGGUUCGACAGAUCCUUCCUGUCCACAAACACCGAGAACAACGCCGAAAUCCAAGUGUUAUCCAGGUUCAACUGAUCCCUCUUGUCCACAAACAACAACCAAACUAAGCUGUUAUCCAGGUUCUACAGAUCCACGUUGUCCACAAACACCAAGAACUACAUCAAAGCCAAGAUGUUAUCCGGAAUCUCCAGAUCCUUCAUGCCCACAAACAACAACAGCUCCUAGUUGUUAUCCUGGAUCAACAGAUCCCCGUUGUCCACAAACGCCGCCAACAACACAAAAACCAAGAUGUUAUCCAGGUUCAACUGAUCCUUCAUGCCCUCAACCACCAACGUACUUACCACCCACAACUACUUCAAAACCAAGAUGCUAUCCAGGUUCGAGGGAUCCUUCUUGUCCACAAACACCGAGAACAACACCAAAGCCGAGAUGUUAUCCUGGUUCAACAGAUCCAUCUUGCCCACAAACAACUACUAAGCCAACUUGCUUCCCAGGAUCCACAGAUCCUCGUUGUCCACAAACGCCUCGAACAACUCAAAAACCAAGAUGUUAUCCUGGCUCUACCGAUCCUUCAUGCCCUCAACCACCAACGUACUUACCACCAACAACAACUUCGAAACCAAGAUGUUAUCCAGGCUCCACCGAUCCAUCAUGUCCACAAACUCCAAGGACAACUCCAAAACCAAGAUGUUAUCCAGGAUCUACUGAUCCCUCUUGUCCACAAACGCCGAAAACAACCUCUAAACCAAAAUGUUAUCCAGGUUCCACAGAUCCACGUUGUCCACAAAUACUUACAACAACAGUAGAACCAAAAUGCUAUCCAGGAUCAUCGGAUCCCGAAUGCCUAAAUUGUUUCCCUGGAUCUCCAGAUCCAAGAUGUCCAAAAGUUCCUACAACACCUAAGCGAGGCUGUUAUCCCGGCUCCAGUGAUCCAAAUUGCCAACCUGCUACAUAUUUGCCACCAACAACACGAACUCCAAAACCGAGAUGUUAUCCAGGAUCAACUGAUCCAUUAUGUCCACAAGCACAGAAAACAACAGCAAAACCAAGAUGUUAUCCAGGUUCGACAGAUCCUUCCUGUCCACAAACACCAAGAACAACGCCGAAACCCAAGUGUUAUCCAGGUUCAACUGAUCCCUCUUGUCCACAAACAACAACCAAACUAAGCUGUUAUCCAGGUUCUACAGAUCCACGUUGUCCACAAACACCAAGAACUACAUCAAAGCCAAAAUGUUAUCCGGGAUCUCCAGAUCCUUCAUGCCCACAAACAACAACAGCUCCUAGUUGCUAUCCUGGAUCAACAGAUCCUCGUUGUCCACAAACGUCGCCAACAACCCAAAAACCAAGAUGUUAUCCAGGCUCAACUGAUCCUUCAUGCCCUCAACCUCCAACGUACUUGCCACCCACAACUACUUCGAAACCAAUAUGCUAUCCAGGUUCGAGGGAUCCUUCUUGUCCACAAACACCCAGAACAACACCAAAGCCGAGAUGUUAUCCUGGUUCCACAGAUCCAUCUUGCCCACAAACAACUACUAAGCCAACUUGCUUCCCAGGAUCCACAGAUCCUCGUUGUCCACAAACGCCUCGAACAACUCAAAAACCAAGAUGCUAUCCAGGCUCAACUGAUCCUUCUUGCCCUCAACCACCAACGUACUUACCACCAACAACAACAUCGAAACCAAGAUGUUAUCCAGGCUCUACCGAUCCUUCAUGCCCUCAACCACCAACGUACUUACCACCAACAACAACUUCGAAACCAAAAUGUUAUCCAGGCUCCACCGAUCCAUCAUGUCCACAAACUCCAAGGACAACUCCAAAACCAAGAUGUUAUCCAGGAUCUACUGAUCCCUCUUGUCCACAAACGCCGAAAACAACCUCUAAACCAAAAUGUUAUCCAGGUUCAACAGAUCCUCGCUGUCCGCAGACACCGCGAACAACUCCAAAACCAACAUGUUAUCCAGGUUCAACAGAUCCCUCUUGCCCUCAAACAACAACACAAUUAAAUUGCUACCCCGGUUCAACAGAUCCUCGUUGUCCUCAAAUUCCAAAGACGACGCCCACACCAAGCUGCUAUCCAGGUUCAACAGAUCCACGUUGCCCACAAAUACCUACAACAACAGAAGAGCCAAAAUGCUAUCCAGGAUCAUCGGAUCCCGAAUGCCUAAAUUGUUUCCCUGGAUCUCCAGAUCCAAGAUGUCCAAAAGUUCCUACAACACCUAAGCGAGGCUGUUAUCCCGGCUCCAGUGAUCCAAAUUGCCAACCUGCUACAUAUUUGCCACCAACAACACGAACUCCAAAACCGAGAUGUUAUCCAGGAUCAACUGAUCCAUUAUGUCCACAAGCACAGAAAACAACAGCAAAACCAAGAUGUUAUCCAGGUUCGACAGAUCCUUCCUGUCCACAAACACCGAGAACAACGCCGAAACCCAAGUGUUAUCCAGGUUCAACUGAUCCCUCUUGUCCACAAACAACAACCAAACUAAGCUGUUAUCCAGGUUCUACAGAUCCACGUUGUCCACAAACACCAAGAACUACAUCAAAGCCAAGAUGUUAUCCGGGAUCUCCAGAUCCUUCAUGCCCACAAACAACAACAGCUCCUAGUUGUUAUCCUGGAUCAACAGAUCCUCGUUGUCCACAAACGCCGCCAACAACACAAAAAUCAAGAUGUUAUCCAGGCUCAACUGAUCCUUCAUGCCCUCAACCUCCAACGUACUUGCCACCCACAACUACUUCAAAACCAAGAUGCUAUCCAGGUUCGAGGGAUCCUUCUUGUCCACAAACACCCAGAACAACACCAAAGCCGAGAUGUUAUCCUGGUUCCACAGAUCCAUCAUGCCCACAAACAACUACUAAGCCAACUUGCUUCCCAGGAUCCACAGAUCCUCGUUGUCCACAAACGCCUCAAACAACUCAAAAACCAAGAUGUUAUCCAGGCUCAACUGAUCCUUCUUGUCCUCAACCACCCACGUACUUACCACCAACAACAACUUCAAAACCAAGAUGUUAUCCAGGCUCUACCGAUCCUUCAUGCCCUCAACCACCAACGUACUUACCACCAACAACAACUUCGAAACCAAGUUGUUAUCCGGGAUCUCCUGAUCCACGUUGCCCUCAAACAACAAAAUUACCUACAACAACUACCAGAUGUUAUCCUGGAUCACCAGACCCAGAUUGCUUAAAUUGCUUCCCUGGCUCUCCGGAUCCAAGAUGUCCAAAAGUUCCUACAACACCAAAGGCAGGAUGCUAUCCAGGUUCAAGUGAUCCAAAAUGCCAGCCAGCCACAUAUUUACCACCAACAACAAAGGCAAGGUGCUUUCCUGGCUCUAGUGAUCCCGAUUGUAUACUCAUAACAACAACAACACCAAAACCAACUUCUAAACCAAGGUGUUAUCCUGGUUCCAUUGACCCGUUAUGUCCACAAACACCGAGAACCACAAAGACACCAAUCUGUUAUCCAGGUUCCACUGAUCCUCAGUGUCCGCAAACGCCUAAGACAACACCUAAAACAGUAUGUUAUCCUGGCUCAACAGAUCCUACGUGUCCACAAAUAACGACAACACCAAGUUGCUACCCAGGUUCAACUGAUCCCAGCUGUCCUCAAACGCCAGCUACAACACUUAAACCUAAAUGCUAUCCUGGCUCAACGGAUCCUUCCUGUCCUCAGCCUCCUACAUAUUUACCUCCAACAACUAUAACGAAACCAAAAUGCUAUCCAGGUUCAACUGAUCCUCGCUGUCCGCAAAUACCGAAAACAACGCUUAAACCGAGAUGUUAUCCCGGUUCAACUGAUCCUACUUGUCCGCAAUUAACUACUAAACCUAGCUGUUACCCUGGUUCAACUGAUCCACAAUGUUCUCAAACGCCAGAAACAACUCCUAAACUAAGAUGUUAUCCUGGUUCGACAGAUCCUUCAUGUCGUCUGCCUCCAACAUAUCUACCACCUACAACUACUGCGAAGCCGAAAUGUUAUCCCGGUUCAACUGAUCCUUCUUGUCCACAAGUAAUUACACAACCAAGCUGCUAUCCAGGAUCAACGGAUCCACGUUGUCCACAAACUACUCGACAAACAACAGUUUCAAAACCGAGAUGCUAUCCAGGUUCACUUGACCCAGCUUGUCCAGGAAUUCUGACAACUACCAAAAAGCCCGAAUCUUUCAUAACUACGACAACUUAUCCAAUCACUACACCUUCAUAUUGCUUCCCUGGCUCUAUUGAUCCAAGGUGUCCUGAUAGUGGAUAUAAAGGUACAAGUAGAAUACCCGCUACAUAUUUGCCGCCACUUAGUGAACCUGGAUAUGAUAGGACUAUACGCGAUCUCAAGGCCUCAUUUCUCAAUGAAAUAAACAAGUUGGCAUUCAGUAAUAACAACGUCUUUGAAUUAGAAGACGAUGGCGAACAAGAAGACGAAGUGGAAAGUAGACGGAAGAGAGACAUUUCUUCGAACAACAGUUAUGAUGAUGAGCUUGAUUUGUAUGCAUUCAGCGAAUCGAAUGACGAUAUUCUUUCAAGAAAAGUUGUGAAACGUGAAUAUAACGAAAACCCGCCACAAAAAGAAAUUAUUUCUAUUACGCUCGGUGUACGAACUCCAUUUAGCGUGGCUUAGGAACUACAUAUUCAAAUAUCUCAAGAUGUUGAAUGAUAGUACCUUUAAAUCGUAAAGACAAGUCUUUUCAAAUUCUGCAGUUCAUGUUUAUAUUAAUAAAUUUCUUAAUACUCUCUUGUACAUACUUUUAAACUAAGGACAAUUUUAAUACUCAUUGCUUAGGCCUUACGAUAUGUUUUUAUAUUUUAGUUUUUUUUUUUUAAUUUAAAUUGUUAAUAUUAUUAUUUUGGUUUUUAUAAAAAUUGUAAUGGGGUUGUUUUAUUAUGUAUGUUAGGUCUUUUCUACUUUUUUGUUAAGUUCCGAACACUAUGACAGUUCAACAAUGUAAGAAAACUUUUUCGAAGUGCACGAUUUUGUUCGUAUUAAAAUGUAUUAAAAACGAAAUUAUUAUUUAUGCUUUAGUAUUGCGACAUUUUAUUUAAAAACUUGUAUACUCGUAAGUUAA